CCUGCCACGAACACACGCAAAGAGUUGACAGUGAGGAUGAGGGGGUUCCUGCCAUGUGUGACCCCACUCCUGGGUCUUCUCAUCUUGUUGACCCCAGGGAGGGUUCAAGGAUCAUCAAGCUGUCCCCUGUACUGCUCCUGUCAUGGUGCUCAGGUAGACUGCAGCAGCCGUGCCAUCACCACCUCUUUCUUACCCUCCCGCUUCCCUCCUGCCACCACCGAMCUCCGUCUCCACGACAACCAGCUGACCACGCUCCCAAACAGCCUUCUGGACUUCCUCUCCUCCCUCCGCUCCGUGUCGCUCCACGGAAACCCCUGGGCGUGUGACUGCGGUGUGCUCUACCUGCGUGCCUGGCUGCUCCGACAACCUGCCAACUACACCAGCCACAGCAACAUCACCUGCAGUUCCCCUCCCCGCCUGCGAGGGAGGCUGGUGGUCUACCUGGCUGAGGAGGAGGUGCUGGAGUCCUGUCACUACUGGUACUGGGACUUGGCACUGGCCUCCCAGGUGUGUUUGUUUGUGUUUGUGGCGGUGCAGGCGGGGCUGCUGGCUGCUGUGGUCGUGUUCCUGAGGAGGUUUGAGAGCCUGUCCCGCGAGGCCCGGAGGACCACAGAGGAGAGCUUUGCUGUGGGGGAGGGGCUUACGAGUAAUGAGUAUAGUGAGUAUGAGCCCAUGAAGGACAGCAUCAUCUGACGAGGGGAAGGGAGGGCCAGGUAGGCAAGGAGAGAGAAGAGGGAGAGGAGACACUUGAAGGGGACAAGCUGGUGAGCAAUAAAAUGAUGGAGACCUUUCAGGUCUGUGGUAAGAAAAGAUUGAGGAUGAGGAGAAAAGGACUUGUUAGAUUCACUGGAAACUGGAGAUUCCAGAGAAACUCGCAGGACAAGAAAUUAGGCUAAAUCGAAGUGGUUCUGCAUCUAUUUUCAGAGACUUCUUGCAAUGUGUUUGUUGGUUACAUCAGUCAAUAACGCUGUUAGAAUAAUAUAUCAUGCUAUGAAUCAAUAGUACAUAGAAUAUAACAUUUAAUUUACAUUUAAUAAUGCUGUUUUGUGUCAUUGUUUUAAAGCUGCUAUUUAUAAUUUAUUUAGAUAGCAAUAAUAAAACAAACAAUUGUAAAUGGGUGCAUUUUUAAAGGUUUCGGAUGAAUAUAUACUGAACAAAAAUAUAAACGCAACAUGCAACAAUUUCAAAGAUUUUACUGAGUUAGAGUUCAUAUAAG